AUGAAAUACAGUGGCUCUCUAAAGGACUUUUCGAGCCUGAGACGAUUGAGCUUGAAUAUCGAUAUGUUGUUAUAUCUUGCUGGGGGCGUAGGAGUUGGAUACGCCGUGGGAAAGAGUAAGAUCUCGCUUGUUGAGAGUCUUCCGGCUAGUCUUGAAUAUCUGUGUAUUCGGGAUUACAAGAAGGGGAAGAACGCACGGCAUGAUGAGGAGAUGGAUGCACUCAAGGAGGCGUUUGAGUCUGGAUCUCUUCGUUUGAAGACCGUGAAGGGUUUUGAGAUAAUUUCUAGCGCGACGAGUGUGGGUCUACCGAGUGAUACUAUGUACCAGCUGAGUGAAGUCUUUUGGGGUUUGAGUGAUGCUGAAUAUGAAACGGAUGAUGAAUAUGAAACGGAUGAUGCUAGUGAAGAGAGAGAGCUAGAAGAACGGAACAGAGAUUUGUGA